CUGUUGCUCCUCCUCAGGCGAGUUCAGAUUUAACAAACUCAGGAGUUUGAUCAGGUGGACGUGCUGAACCAUCAUCAUGCUGCGACAGUGUGCUGUGUUGCUCCUCCUCGCUCUCUUUGCUGUUGCCUUGGCAGCUCCAGUCCCAGAUGAAAACCAACCAGAUAAUUCACCUCCAGACACAUCUGGAGAUGACACAGACCAACCAGGGAACCCACCAUCAGACACCUCUGGAGAUGACACAGACCAACCAGGGAACCCACCAUCAGACACCUCUGGAGAUGACUCAGACCAACCAGGGAACCCACCACCAGACACCACUGGACCAGACAACUCAGUGCAAGACAGUGAUGACAACUCUGAACCUCAAGAGAAACCUGACGAGGACUCUAGUGCCAGCCAGGAUGCAAGCAGUGGGGCUGAGGGUGAUGAGGUCGAGGAAGACACAAGUUCAACUAACGAGGAGGAGGAGGAGGACAGCAACAGUGAGGGAGAGGCUGCUGGUGAACCAAUCGCAGGUGAGGAAGCUCCGAGUAGCGAGGAAGACGACCAGGGACAGGUAGAUGUGGAAGUGCCCUCUGAGUCUGCAGGCGAGGAGGAAUCGGUAGAGGAAGCUCCGAGUAGCGAGGAAGACGACCAGGGACAGGUUGAUGACGAAGUGACCCCCCAGGGUGCAGGCGAUGAAGAAUCGGUAGAGGACACUCAGAGUAGCGAGGAAGACAACCAGGAAAUGGAAGAGGAGGAAGUGACCGCCCAGGGUGCAGGCGAUGAAGAAUCGGUAGAGGACACUCAGAGUAGCGAGGAAGACGACCAGGAAGUGGAAGAGGAGGAAGCGACCCCCCAGGGUGCAGGCGUUGAAGAAUCGGUAGAGGACGCUCAGAGUAAUGAGGGAGGCACCCAUGAAGAGGAAGUGGAGGAGCCGAGCUCCAAGUCUGAGGAGGAGGCAGAGCCUCAGACUGAGGAAAGUGAUAACGACAGCAGUCAGUCUAAUUCUCAAGAAGAGGAGGAGGAGCCACAGUUUGAAGAGAUCACAGAUGAUCCAUAACUUGAGUCAUCACCUUAAGAUGGUUGACCUCUGACCUGUGGAUGCUCCUCGACCACAGAGCCAAACCUGCUGCCUUCACUGUGGAAUAACAUCGCCAUGACAACAACCACAAAAACAACCUAAACUGCAUCUAAACUUGGAUUCCCGGCUUUCUUUGUGCUUCCUUCUCAGCUCUGUUUCUCUCUGUUUCGGUUGUGUGUCUUAUUAUUAUUUUUAUUUUAACUCUGGUGCGUUAGCAGAAAUAAAACUAAAUAUCUUAAUAUCUGGUCUCACUCUCUGUCUGUGCCGUCAGUCUGACGUAGAAGCAUCAGAGCAGCCGCUGAGCUCGGGUCUGCUCUCGGGUCCGACCUCAGGUCCGACCUCAGGUCUGCUCUCGGGUCCGACCUCAGGUCUGCUCUCGGGUCCGACCUCAGGUCCGACCUCAGGUCUGCUCUCGGGUCCGACCUCAGGUCCGACCUCAGGUCUGCUCUCGGAUCUGGACCUGGGGUCCGACCUCAGGUCUGCUCUCGGAUCUGGACCUCAGCUGCUCAUACGUCAUUUACUAUGCAAACAUUUAAAGAUAAGUAAUGUCGAGGACAAAUGAUUGUCUGUACACAGAAGAACUAAUAAAAUCUGAACUGUCCCUGAA